CAACUCCACAACGCCAGAGCCUCGCCAUCGGACAAGCUCGUUCUCCACCGACGUAAUGGCACUGUCAACACCCAUCGACUGCGUCAUUCAAUGGCCCCAGUGACGACGGCGCCUGCCUUUGCGCGGUAUAUAAUGCUCUGGGCCGCUGCGGGGCCCACCAGAUUUCACGAUUCCCUUACGACUUCAUCCUCUUCACGAACCACGACUUUUUAUCUGUAACGCGACAUAAUAAUCAUGGAAAAGGCUAGCUCUGUCAUCGCUGCGUUCGACGCGGGCAAGAUGCCCAGCCAGAAGCAGAUCAGCCAGUUCAUCGACUCGGUGCUCAAAUCGGGCCUCGUUGAGGUCGAGCCGAGUGAGGGCAGCGGCGAGCUCAGCAAGCAGGGCAAGGUGCUCGCGCAAGACCUUCGCGAUGUGUUGGAGGCGUACAAGAAGCUUGGGGAGGACAAGAACGGUGAUGAUCAGCUACAAGAGGCUUUCUGGCACCUGAGCGAAGGCGAUCUCUCAAACACCUCCAUAAACACCGGCAUGGACGUCGACGAGGACGAGGCCUCCCGUGACGCUCGCGCCAUCCGCGCCGCCGUGCGCAACUUCCUCUCGAUCGCCUGGACGAACCUCUCCUCGGAGGGCUCCAACCUCUUUGACGACUUUGCAUCGUUUGCGCGGCUCACGCUUGCCGAUGCGGCAGAGGCCGUUGAGGUCGCCGCGUCCAAGACGAAGGAGGGCUUGAGGAGCCUGGACGAGGACAUUCAGGAGGGCGAGCGUGAUAACCUCGGCCGGAAGAAGAGAAAGAUCGAGGACGAGCAGCCACAGGACCCCAAGGCAAAGUUCGAGAAGGGCAUGGACACUGCGAAGGAGUAUGGCUCCAGCGCUAUCGGUGCCGGUCAGGAGGCGAAGGCUCGCGCUGAGAACGUGAGCAAGAAAACGAGCGAUCGCCUCACGAAUUCUUACUAUCAAAUGGUCGAGCGUGCUCAGAAAGAUCCCCAAUACCGCGAGUCCGUGACGACCGUAUUCGACGUAUGCCAGAAGUGGCUCGACAAGACCCUCGACACCGCUUCGGACGUGAACAAGGACACGUCGCUCGAGUCCUUCAUCAACGACCCCACGCCCGAGCAGCACACCAUCCAGUCGCUGCGCGCGAUGCGCACGCUCGCCGAGCGCCUCGCGGGCGGCAAGUCGCUCGACGAUCUCUUCGCGCACCUGCGCACGUGUCUGGUCGACAUCCGCCAAGACGAGGACCUCAAGAAGUGGUUCAACGACUUCCUCGCGCACGUCCGCAGGAGCCUCGACGAGCCAGGGUACAUCCACUCGGACGAGUGCUCUGAACGCUACUCUGAGCUGCGCCAGCGCUGGCGUGACUUGAUGAACGCGGACUCGGAGGAGGGACGCAAGUGGAAGGCGGACGUGAAGAAAUUUAACGAAGAGUGGACGGAGUUCAACAAGAGGAUUGACCGUGACCAGGACGUGCAGAGGAUCCGCAGCGCCUGGAGCAAGUUCGGCUCGGACUUGGAGGAUGCUAUGCUCGAGGCCGGGAGCACGGGCUUGCAGCUUGCCGCCGGUCAGGCGACAUGGUUCUGGCAGGACGUCUUCAACGUCUACCUACCAAGAGUGUUUGCCUUCGUCAAGGAUAUCCCUAUUCCAAGAACUGAAUACAAAGAUGCCGAGACCGAGUUCGUGCUCGAGGACCUGGAUAUUUCUUCAUUCAGCCUGUUACCCGGCCACGUCUUCAUCCGCAAUAUCACCGACGUCGACAUUUCCGCUCCACAAGAGGCCGACACGAAGACCGCUGUCGGUGCGUUCACGCACAUACACGUCCAGGGCAUGCAGCUCGCGCUUCGGGAGGUGUCGUUCUACUACCACGAUAAGACUGCUUCCGUCGGCCCUGGUGAGUUCACGGGUCUGAUGGAGUUGACGCUCCCGCCGCAGGGCAUCGACAUCGAUCUGCGCGUGCGCAUGCUGCCGAAUACGCCCGCAGGUCUGAAGGAGCGUGAGAAGGUCGGCGGGUUCCAGAAGGUCGAGAGCGUUGACGUGAAGGUGACCGACGGACUGGCGUUUGACGUGAAGCAGAGCAACCACCCGAUCCUGGUGACGAUGUUCAAGCCGGUGAUGACCAGUGUCGUGAAGAACGUGCUGGAGACGACGCUGCGUGAGCAGAUCCGCGGUGCGAUUGAGCAGGUCGACCAUAUGGCUUGGGACAUUGGCAAUCGUGCGGAGGUGUUCCAGGACACCGGCUUGCCUCGCGGCGCCAGUCUCAUUGCUGGAUUCUGGAGUGAACUUGGCAAGAUGGCGAGGCAGCCUGGUGGGCUCACCGAGGGAUGGAAGGCGACGGGCACUGGUGUUGUCCGUCGUGAUCCGACCGCGCCCAAGGGUGCAGAGGCGCCUGUGUUCGCGAUGGGCGCUGAGCCGCAGAUCCUGAGCGGGGAGAAGCGUGGCCCGAAGGGUACCAACUCUGAGCCGCUGAAGGACAGGCUCGAUAUAGACGUCGAUGCGAGCAUGGAGAGUGCCCAGGAGGGUUUGAAGGGUGUCGCGCAGAAAGCCGGAGAGGGCGUCAAGCAGGGCGUGCAGAAGGUGCGGUCGUUCAAGGAGAGCGUGAAGCAGAAGGUCGAGGAGGAGAAGAGCCGGCCGGGAUGGCAGAGUCCUGCUUUCGACGUCUAAGCCUUCGGUUGAGGGUCUGAAUCAUGCUCGGGGUGCGUGUACGAAUGGAGAUCGGCAGUAUAUGGUUUGCAUGUAUCAAUAGUAGUGUAGCGAUACGGAGUAAUAUAUCUAAUACCAGUCUCCUCGCAGUUCCGAAGU